GUGCAGACGGGCUAUGGGUGAAAGGAUACAGCGCCACGAACAUCCCACGCACAGAGGUUUCGCUGCCCGUUUCGUUCCGGAAAGCAUGCCGUCCGAGAGCGAGAGCGAGCGUGAGGAGAAGGAGGACCGCCGAGACCGGCGCGAGAAGCGUGAGGAGAAGAGGGACCGGGAUGACCGCGAACGUGGAGGCGCGGCGGCGGGGGCCAUGCGGAGCCUCACGGGCGCCUUGGCGGCCUCGGCGGCCUCCACGGCCGGGCGCCCGGGGCCCUACGACCGCGGCGCCCGCGCGGAGCGGGGCGCGGAGCGGGGCGCGGAGCGCGCGGAGCCGGGGGCGGAGGCCGGCAAAGGCCGCGGCAAGGCGGCCAUCCUGCCGCCCCCAAAGAAGACCUUGGACCGCUCGCGCACGUGCCCGUUCUUGCUCCGGAUCUUCCGGAAGAUAGGGGCGCACCAUGGCAUCGAGGCUUUUGCUGAGCGCGGAAAGGAGCCGGUGGACUGUGAGUUGCAGGUGUAUGCGUGGCCGGAUGUCACGCUCAGGGAGCUGGCGGAUUUGAUCAAGGACGUGGCGCCGGAGGCCUGUGAUCCCAAGGUGAGGCUGGCCUUCAACCUCAUCUAUCCAGACAAGACGGGAAAGAACGUGAGCACUUCCUUGGGUACGGUGACCUGCUCGAAGCGAGGGCAAGACGACGACAAGGCCUUGUCGUCAUCGAAGUUCCAAACAGGCGAUCUGCUGGAUUUGGCUAUCUUGAACUGAUGCGGGUGGCGUUGCGCAAGCGAUCGCAUUAUGAGACCAUGACAUCCGCCUGCCUGGGCCG